AUGAGAGGAAUUUCGAUUUUCAACAAGUUAUUUUGCAGUGAUUCGCCGAAAUUUGAUGUGAUUGUUGUUGGUGGUGGAAUUGUCGGAUGUGCAACGGCAAGGCAAUUGAAAAUCAGCAAUCCUGAACUCAAAAUUGCGAUUUUAGAAAAAGAAAAUCGCUUAGCACCACAUCAAAGUGGUAACAAUAGCGGUGUUAUGCAUGCGGGUAUUUAUUAUAUGCCUGGAAGCUUGAAAGCGAAACUAUGUGUAAGAGGAAUAGAUUUAGCAUAUAAUUUUUUUGACAAAAAUCGAGUGCCAUAUAAGCGAGUUGGGAAAUUGAUUAUAGCAGUGGAACCCGUUGAAGUACAACGCCUUGAUGCAUUAUAUGAAAGAGCACAGCAAAAUGGUUGUAAAAUGAUUGAAUUAAUUGAUGGAUCUGAAAUAAAAAAAUAUGCAUCUGAAUUUAAAGGUUUGAAGGCAAUUUGGUCACCGUAUACUGGCAUAGUGGAUUGGGGAGUAGUUACUGGUUCAUUCGCAGAUGAUUUCGAAAAACGAGGUGGUGUUGUAUAUAAAAAUUAUCCAGCACUGGAAUUGUCAUUUUUGAAAGAAUCUUCACAGGUCGGAAAUGCCAAUGAGUACCCAGUACAAAUAAAAUCUAAGCCGAAUUUGGUCGAAAUUCAAUGCAAAUAUUUAAUUACAUGUGCAGGAUUACAAGCUGAUCGCAUUGCUCGCCUUUCGGGAUGUUCACCCAGCCCGAAAAUAAUACCAUUUCGCGGAGAAUAUCUGCUGUUAAGUUCAAAAAAACAGCAUAUGAUAGAGACAAAUGUUUAUCCUGUACCCGACCCACGUUUUCCAUUUCUUGGGGUCCAUUUCACUCCUCGCAUGAAUGGCGACGUUUGGCUUGGACCAAAUGCGGUUUUGGCAUAUAAGCGAGAGGGAUAUUCGUAUUUCUCAAUAUCAUUUUCAGAUCUUUAUGAUGCACUAUCUUUUCGCAUGAUGUGCUGUGCUUACAGAGGAAUGCAUAAGCUGAUGGGAAAAUAUUUUACUUUUGGUAUGAAAGAAAUGUAUCGAGGUAUUUUCAUUAGUGCUCAAGUGAAACAGUUGCAGCGAUUUUUGCCUGAGUUGUCUGUUAGCGAUGUUUUGAGAGGUCCAUCCGGUGUGCGAGCGCAAGCCGUAGAUGAAAUGGGCAAUUUAAUAGAUGACUUCGUUUUUGACAGUGGUAGCGGAGAACUCGGCAGUAGAAUUUUACAUGUGCGAAAUGCUCCGAGCCCUGGUGCGACUAGCAGCUUGGCUAUCGCUGAAAUGGUCGGUGAAAAGGUUUCCAAGAAAUUCGGUUUAAAGCAUGAACUUGAAAAAUAA